GAUCAAACCCACGCUGCUCCCCCACAGCACCAGGAAGCUGAGCAUCACCCUGUGGCUGGGCACAGGGCUGCAGGGGCUUCCCCAGCCCGCCUGCUCCCUCUGGGCCUUUGCACAGCAGAAGAUUUUGCCUUCCCCUUGUGCUGGCUUCCCUCCCUACGAUGGCUACUGGUGAAGAGAUCGUCCCUGCCCUGCAGGACUCAUGGGGUGACUUCUGGCUCUUCCGUUUCUUUGUUAAUGCUGCUGGCUAUGCAAGUAUUGUGGUGCCGGGAUUCCUUCUUAUCCAGUACUUCAAGAGAAGGAAUUACCUUGAGACAGGCCGAGGCAUUUGCUUCCCUGUCAUCAAAUCAUGUGUGUUCGGCUCUGAGGUGAAGUCUGUACACCAGGAGGAUGGCUCCCUGCCACCCCGAGCAGAGCCCACAGAGUCCUCUACAGCACGACAGGUCUUCAAGCUGCUCUUCUGCGCUGCUGGUCUACAGGCCUCCUAUCUCACAUGGGGUGUCCUGCAGGAGCGUGUGAUGACGAGAACAUACGGUGCCACUGAAACAGAACCCGGUGAGAAGUUCAAGGACUCCCAGUUUCUUGUGUUCAUGAACCGCAUCCUGGCCUUUACGGUGGCUGGUCUGUACUGUGCCCUGACCAAGCAGCCGCGCCAUGGGGCUCCCAUGUACAAAUACUCCUUUGCCUCCCUCUCCAACAUUCUCAGCAGCUGGUGCCAGUAUGAGGCACUCAAAUACAUCAGUUUCCCCACCCAAGUGCUGGCCAAGGCCUCCAAAGUGAUUCCAGUGAUGAUGAUGGGCAAACUGGUGUCACGCAAGAGUUACGAGUACUGGGAGUACCUGACUGCUGCCCUCAUCUCUGUGGGGGUCAGCAUGUUCCUGCUCUCUAGUGCUCCCAACAGACACGUGUCCACUGUUACCACUUUCUCAGGCAUAAUCCUCCUGGCUGGCUACAUUAUCUUUGACAGCUUCACCUCCAACUGGCAGGAUGCCCUCUUUGCCUACAAGAUGUCUCCUGUGCAGAUGAUGUUUGGUGUCAACGUCUUCUCCUGCCUCUUCACGGUAGGCUCACUAUUGGAGCAGGGUGCCUUGCUGGAGUCGGUUCGCUUCAUGUCCCGGCACUCGGAGUUCACGGCCCACGCUGUGCUGCUCUCUGUGUGCUCUGCCUUUGGCCAGCUCUUCAUCUUCUACACCAUCAACCAGUUCGGGGCUGCUGUCUUCACCAUCAUCAUGACACUGCGCCAGGCCUUCGCCAUCCUCCUCUCCUGCCUCAUCUACGGGCACACUGUCACUGUUGUGGGUGGGCUGGGCAUAGCUGUUGUCUUCAUGGCCCUCUUCCUCCGUGUCUAUGCCCGCAGCCGCAUGAAGAAGCGCAGUAAGAAGCUCCCGCCAGGCGAGACCCCUGUGCAAAAGGUCUAAGGAGCUGGGGCCAUGGUGUUUAAACCGUGCCUGCUGUCCUGCCUCUGCCUUGGGAUACUUGCUUGAUUUCUGGGAACCCACUGAGGAGCAGGGUGGGGUAUGGAUAGGCUGGACCAGUGACUUGCUUUUCCACCUGCUUUUCCUGGGGAAGGGGCUGAAACAAGCCCAGGGAAUGCUUUGGGCUGCCACAGCUCCAAACCUUUCCAUUUGCCUUAAUCAGUCAAAAACUUUCAGGCAAGGCAUGGGCCUAGGGGCUCACAUCCUGGGGGAAAGCCAGCAUGAGGCUGCUGGUAUUCCUGUCUUGUGGCUUCUCCAAAGUCACUGAUGAACAAGGGAGCUCUUUUCCCUGGCGCCAUCUUGCCUCUGGCUCCUCUAUUUCUGUCACUGCUACAGAGCUCAACUGGAGGAAAGGGCAAGCAGAACACUAGCUUUCUUUUUCAAAACUAUGUGAGUCAAGUCCCAACCUGAGCCUGUCCCAAGGCAGGUGAGGUGUUCCAGGUAGGACAACCACAGUUACGGGAAGGACUCCCAGCCUGUCCUACCCCAGGCCUGGGCUCUGCUCUGGGUGAGCACUCUGCAGAGCAGGCUGGUACCUCCCUGGUUGGUUUUCUCAGUUCCUUACCCCUGCUCUGAGCCACUUUUCUCCGCACCCCUUAGCCCAGGCUGGCCGGUACCGUUCUCCAGGCUUGCUGAGUUCUAGUCUGCUUUUUGGUCACAUCCGCUGCUGUCACAGGCCAAAGGCUGUGCUGCCCAGAAGCCCCAGCAUCACCUCGGGGUGCCUUAGUGCCACAGGUUCUGGGCUUUGCAGUUGCCAUUCAGAGAAGCACAAACAGCCCCUUUUCUUCCUGCCAACUGGAGGCACCAGGCCCAGCUUUCCUGGGGCCUGGCCAGAGCCCCACUGCCUGGGGGGGCUGAGCAGUGGGGCAGAACUUGCUUGUGGUGCCUUGCUCCUGCUCCACAGGCAGCAGGGGAUGAGCAAGUUGGGCACCUGCUUCCCCAGGCAGCAAGGGAUGGAGCAGUGGAAGCUGCUCUUCCCCAGGAGCCUGGGUUUUACUGGUUAACCCUUUUCUCCUCAACACAACCUGACUGAAAUUCCAGCAGGUUUUGGUACUUUUGAAAGGCAACUUUUUUCUCUUUUUAUUUUAUUAAAUUAAAAAUAUGCUGCAUACAGUG